AUGUCAACGGACCGUUCGUUCUACAAGAGAAACCCUUCGGAGAGGUGAGCGAGCCAACUUAUUAGUUCUUGUGUUGCGAAAUUAUGCUUUUUCCGUUCCAUUUCGUUCCCCAAAAAGUGUGUCAUUUUGCUCGGAGAACGGCUGCCGACUUCUCUUGAGAAUUGAUGAAAAAAAGACCAAGACAGGGAAGAAGAAGAACUUAAGAGAGCAAGUAUGCUCACAGGAGCAUGAGAGCGAAAACGGGACAUGCUCUCCACAAAACAGCACGAACUUGUUACCUCCCCGUAUUUAUGCAUUCUCUCCCUUUCGUUUCUUACUCGAACAUUGCUCCGCCAAGCGUAAAACAGUGCGUAAAAUGAUGAUAGUUGUUGGAAAAUAUUUUCGGAUUAGUCUCACUUGAAUGAGAAUUCAAGGUUGUCUUCCUUGACAUUUGACUAUCAAAAUCGUGCCCAUAUAAAAAGUGCAUCUGCAAUUUUUCCAUCACUUUUCGCGCAUCCACCAAGGCCGUAGAGGGUUUUUAAUCAUCGCCUCCUCUGCCAGUCACUUUCCUGUCCUCCGUUUCAAGCAGGCGGGAUCACAGCCUUCGCUUCCAACAUGCAGCUUCUUUCUGUGACUCGCUUUAAUUAUAACCUGGAAAAUAAUGUGAAACGAUAACCAUUUUAUGGCUUUUGUUCUCGUCUCUGCCCACUUUCACAUAAAGAAGGAAUCCAAUCGUGAACCUCAGGUGUCACCCCCGCCGUUAUCAUUUCUUAUCUUCUUUUCGGUAUGGAGCCAAGGGUACUUUUCACCAAUGUUGCUUUAUCUACUUGACUCUCACUCUGCACUUUAUCGGUUUUUGUUGCUCUUUUCCUAAAAAAAAAACGUAUUUAUUUCUGGCCGCGUGCGAACUGACUGAACUUCUUCUGCAAAGUGAGAAAAGAUGGUUAGCUGGUCUUCAAAUGUCGACGAAAGGUAUUAUUAGACGGAUUGGUGUAGCUCUGGCAUAGCAACAAUUAGUGGCUUUUGCAGAAAUGCAAUCCGCACUCACUAAAACGUAUCCUUUCAGAGUGUUCGUCAACCGUUCUCUCCGUCUGGAGAAGAUCACUCACUUCGGAUUCGACAUGGACUACACUCUAAUUCGUAAGUGAACCCAGUUCAGUACCAUGAAGUGAACGAACAUUCCAUUUCAGAGUACAAGACCCCGGAUAUGGAGUUCCUGGCAUUCAAUAUGGCCAUUCAGCGUUUGGUUGACACUGGAUACCCGGAGGAGAUCAAGAACUUCAAAUACGAUCCGAUCUUUCCAGUCCGAGGUGAGUACGGUAUCGGCCACGUGCAGCCGAAUUCCUUAACCACACUGCUGCCAAUUAAAAAUGAAUGACACCACACAUUAUGACGAGUAUGUCCUCAACUUUUUGUAUUCUGAUUGGACGAAGAGAAGUUUCCCAUCAUUCUGCGAACAUUGAACACGACGCGCACCAUCAUAAAUCAGUCGUUCCCAUUUGUUUUCGACGAUCAGCCCAUGUUGUCGUUGACAGAUAUUCUAAAUCUUAGAAUUUCGUCACUUUCGGUAGUAAUGUUCAUGUGAAAGCGCGAAAAAGACGACCUUGUAAUCGCCUGGCAUUAGAAACGUUUAGUGGGGUGAAAAGAACAGAUAAUCUUCAUGUAAUGAUGGUGUUGAUAGAGAGUAAUCACCUUGUAAUACGCUCUUCUUCUUUCAGGUUUGUGGUUCGAGUUUCAAUACGGAAACUUGCUCAAAGUGGACGGGUUUGGAAACAUUCUCGGUGGAAUUCACGGACUUCGCUUCCUGAAAAAGUGCGUGAACGCAAACGCAAAACAAUCACACAAAAACAAAAUUACAUGCUUUAUUUUCAGUCAUGAAAUCGAGGAGAUGUACCCGAACAAGUACCUGCCGCUUUCGGAUUCGCGCGUCUAUGUGCUCAACACGUUGUUCAACCUGCCCGAGACGCAUCUUAUCUGUCAGCUCAUCGACUUCUUCGACAAGCAUGCAGACUACUCUCAGUGAGUGAAAUUGCAAGGACGAAUCGUUCAAUCACCUCUUUCCAGACUUGCUGAUAAGACCGGAGUGAAGGGUGGCGAGGUGAUGAUGUCAUACAAGUCGAUUUUCCAGGACUUGAGAAGAGUGAUCGAUUGGGUUCACGUCGAGGUGAGACUGAGAGCACCCUGGGGAAUGAGACGAAAGAUUUGUUCAGAGCUCGAUGAAGCAGCAAGUGAUGGCCGAUCCGGAGAAGUAUGUGCUCCGCGACGAGCGUGCUUCUCGCUUUUUGAACCAGCUGAGAGAGCACGGAAAGAAGACUUUCCUGCUGACGAACAGUGACUGGUCGUACACUAAUGUGAUGAUGAAGUUCAUUCUCGGCGACGAGUGGAGACAGUACUUCCACAUCAUUGUUGUCGACUCGUGCAAGCCGAGAUGGUUUGCCGAGGGAACCGUCUUCAGAGAGGUCAACACUAACACUGGAUCCUACAAAUUGGGAAUCCACACCGGACCUCUGCGAGAGGGGGUCGUCUACUCUGGAGGUUCCUGCGAUGCCUUCCAGAAGAUGAUGAAGUGCCGUGGAAAGGAAGUUCUCUAUGUGGGAGACCACAUCUUCGGAGACGUGCUCCGCUCGAAGAAGUCUCGCGGAUGGAGAACUUUUCUUGUCGUCCCGGAACUUGUGAAUGAGCUGACCGUCUGGACCGACAGCAAGCCGUUGUUCGAUGAGAUGGGCGGUAUGGAGAGCACUCUAGCCGAUAUCUACAAGCAUUUGGACGGAGCUUCUCGUCACAAGCCCGUUGUCAAGGAUAUUGUUGAUAAGAUUAGAGUGAGUGCAUGUUCUUUUUAUCAAAUCACAUCAACUCUUGCAGAAACUGACUAAUCAAAUGGACGAGGAGUACGGAUGUUUGGGAAGUUUGUUCAGAACCGGAGGCAGAACCACUUUCUUCGCUGCUCAAGUUGAGAGGUGAGCGGAAAUCCCCUUUAGGAUAUCUGAAUCAAAUCAUCUUUCGCUGAAAGAUUUUGUUCUAAAAAAGGGAAGCAAGUGCAAAGACCAAUCCCAUUUCAGAUAUGCUGACGUCUACGCUUCUUCGUGCUACAACCUGGUCCAUUACCCAUCGUUCUACUAUUUCCGUGCUCCAAUGAAGUGCAUGCCGCACGAACUGACUGUCGACCACGCUUCCACCCUGAGAUCUCGCUCGAACACUUUGGACCGUCAGGAAAGCGUCGGACAGCAAGUGCGAGGAUGGAACAGAAAGACGCUGAACGACCAGGAAACAUUCUGUCACGAGGAAGAAGAAGAUGAGGAUCAGACCGGCAGCAGCGGCAGCGAUGGCGAGGUUUGUAUCUGCACGGAAAGUUCAUCUCGCAGAUAACGAGUGUUUCAGGCAGCGAAGCGUGAGCGCACCAAGUCGGGCAGCGACGAUUCUUCGAACGUCGGCGACAUCACUUUGGAGCCCCACCAGGACGUGGUCACGCCGGCUCCAGCUUUCGUUGAUAACACUGCUUGA